UAUGUGGCUGCUGCAAUCCCUCUGGCUCUGGUUUCCGCUGUCUGUUGCUCUGAGUGGCCAGCAUGAGCCUAAGGCACCAGGUUAUCCCGGUGGACUCCGCUGUGGGCUAAGGAGCUUUCAGUUCACCAUAAACCUCAGCCAGGAGACAGCAACCCCUCCUGCACUAAUAGCUUGGGAUAAUCGCGGGCUGCCGCACAGGCUGCAGAAUGACUCUGAGUGUGGCACCCGGGUCAGCGAGGGCCCUGGCAGCUCCCUGGUGGUAGACGUGUCCUACAGCGGCUGCUAUGUCACUGAGUGGGACUCCCACUACAUCAUGCCCGUUGGAGUUGAAGGAGCAGAUGCAGGUGGACGCAGGACGGUUACAGAGACAAAGCUGUUCAGGUGUCCUGUGGAUCUCCCAGCCCUAGACAUCCCAAAUGCUGGCCUUUGCGACCCUGUCCCAGUGUGGGACAGACUGCCAUGUGCUCCUUCACCCAUCACUCAAGGAGACUGCAAGCAGCUAGGCUGCUGCUACGAUUCUGAAGAGGCCAAUUCCUGUUACUACGGAAACACAGUGACCGCACGCUGUACCCAGGACGGCCACUUCUCCAUCGCUGUGUCUCGGAAUGUGACCUCACCCCCACUGCUGCUGAAUUCUGUGCACUUGGCCUUCAGGAAUGACAGUGAAUGUAAACCUGUGAUGGCAACACACACCUUUGUCCUGUUCCAGUUUCCGUUUACUGCCUGUGGUACUACAAAAUGGAUCACUGGAACCCAGGCAGUAUAUGAAAACGAGCUGGUUGCAACUCGGGAUGUGAGAACUUGGAGCCAUGGUUCUAUCACCCGAGACAGUAUCUUCAGGCUUCGAAUCAGCUGUAGCUACUCUGUAAGCAGCAAUGCUCUUCCAGUGAAUGUCCAGGUGUUUACUGUCCCGCCACCCCUUCCUGAGACCCAGCCUGGACACCUCACUCUGGAACUCCAGAUUGCCAAAGACAAACACUAUAGCUCCUACUACACUGCUAGUGACUACCCAGUGGUGAAGUUGCUUCGGGAUCCCAUCUACGUGGAAGUCUCCAUCCAACACAGAACAGACCCCAGUCUAGAGCUGCGCCUACACCAGUGUUGGGCCACGCCCAGCACAAACGCCCUGCUCCAGCCCCAGUGGCCCAUGCUGGUAAAUGGAUGCCCCUACACUGGAGACAACUAUCAGACCAAACUGAUCCCUGUCCAGAGAGCCUUGGACCUGCCAUUUCCUUCUCACUACCAGCGCUUCAGCAUUUCCACCUUCAGUUUCGUGGACUCAGUGGCAAAGCAGGCACUCAAGGGACCGGUGUAUCUGCACUGCAGUGCAUCGGUCUGCCAGCCUGCUGGGACACCAUCCUGUGUGACAACCUGUCCUGCCAGACGAAGAAGAAGCUCUGACAUGCAUUUUCAGAACAGCACUGCUAGCAUUUCUAGCCAGGGUCCCAUGAUUUUACUCCAAGCCACUCAGGACUCUUCAGAAAAGCUCCGUAAAUACUCAAGGUCUCCUGUAGACUCCCAAGCUCUGUGGGUGGCUGGCCUUUCUGGAACCUUAAUCAUUGGAGCCUUGUUAGUGUCCUACCUGGCCAUCAGGAAACGGAUAUGAGCUACUCAGACCAAAUGUGUUAAUAAAACCAGAUUGCACUGCUAGCCUGUGCGCAGCUUCUCAUUUGAAAGUGAAGACUGCUGCCGCAUCCUGCCUACCGUCUGCCGCGCAGUGAGGUGUUUCUCCAGGACCUUGCUUCAGACGGACCUCGGAUAGAGCAGAAUGAACACUCACACGGCCGACAGGGAGCUGUCUUUCUUUGGCUUCUUCUUUUCCCGGGCAUCGCUGAAGUCCAGGGCAGCUUUGUCCAUGCCAAGUAACUCGCUGAUUCUGUCUCGGCCAUAGAACUCUCCAUAUUUAUCCAUAACCUGGGGCAAGAAAAGAAGCAUUUUACUGGCCUCCACCAACUGGUAACAAAAAAUCUGCAGUUGCCAAUCACCGGCCCCCCUAUGAGUAGUUCUCAACUGGUGGAAUCAAAGGGAAAAAGACCACUUCGUUCGGCAGACAUCUGUGGCCAUUCGCCCCAGACCGCAUACACUGGAGCCAUGGCUCAUUAUGAUGAGAUAACCCCACACUGCAGGUUCUGUACCUCCAGCUACACACUUCCCUGAACACUGAGUAAUGGAUGUUAUGUGCCAUCAGUGCUGUGGAAAUGGACUCAAAGCCAUUUUUGAUGGAGGAAUUCAGAACACAGAGGGCAAAAAUUGAUGGCAUCCAUUAAGAGACUGAUGGAGCUUAUUAGUCUUUUGAUUUUCUUGGCUGAACAUAUAACUGUUAUUCACCUCUGCUAAACUUUUGAUAAAUCUGCAAGAACUCCGGCAAAGUAUUUUAUGCCUUGAAAUUUUUGAGCACAGAAAUGUCUCAUCUCAUUCUUUACUCACUGUGUGUUGAUUACGAGU